AUGAAAAAUGUUUCUGGCCAGGUGCUGUUUCCUGUAGCCCGGUCUCUGAGACGCAGUUUUUUGGUUCACAGAAGGACAGCUUCCACUUCGACUCAUGGCCAGCAUGUGCCAGAAAAGUCUGAUCCGACUUCGGAUCUGGUCGCCGAUGUGGGAAAGUCAGCGACUGAUUCUUUAGAAAAAACUGAAAAGUUACCAGAAAAGGAAUCUUUGCAGUCUCCAAAUCUACUACAAUUGUCGCCAGAUCUGCCAAAGUUCUAUCAAAAGUUGAAUGAUGAGCUGCGACGAUACCAUCAACUGAUGCCGUUAAGGACGUCGGCUGGAGAUGAGACUCAAAGCCAUAGUCAAAACACGCUGUCGACUCUUUUGACUAUGGAGCAAGAAGCUAAAAUAGAACUCGACCAAACUGCAAAUGCAAAUGAAAGAGAACGACAGAAGAAGAAAGAAAAAGAACAUCGACAGUUGUCGAGACAGACUCAAAUCAACGCAUCACCCACAUAUAUCCAGUCUAUUAUUGAAGUGUUAACAUCAAUGCGGACAGCACUGACUUCGUCUAAUAAUGAAAUGGUUUUAGAGCGAAAGUUCACUUCGAAACCGCUGCCAAAGUUCCCUACUCAAUGGUCCAGAGAAGGACUGGUUGCAUAUCUUCAACAACUCACCCAAUAUCAGCAUACAAAUUCUAAAUAUUCGUCGCCAAAUGGCCUGAUAUCUUCAAUAGUGAAAGAUUUGCUACGAGUUAAUAAUCCCAGUACCAUGAACCAUUUGUCUACUGAAGCAUUUAACAUUGGUAUUUCCUAUCACGCAAGAAUCAGCGACAUUCGCAGUUGUCGCCAGCUGUUCCAAGACAUGUUAUCGUCAGGAAUAUCUGUAAAUACUGACACGUACAAUAUUUUAUUAAUGUCAUGCCGAUAUCGACUUGGAAAUGUUAAUGAUAACUGGAAAGUCCAUCCUCUCCGCGUUGUGGAUGGAUUUCUUAAACAAAUGAGAUCCAAGGGCAUUCCUGCUAAUAUUGAUACCUGGAAUAUCGUCUUAGGAACUGUCCCUGAAGGGUCGAACAAGUCUCGAGUUCUAACUGAAAUGUCAAAAAAGAAUGUUCCGUUAAGUCGUAGAGGACUAGCGACUUGUGUAGGAGAUAUUGUGCAACAGGUAGGCCCAAAGCUUGCCAUGGUCUACCUCGAUAAGCAGCUUGAAAAGUACAAUGUUGGCAUAGACACUGUUAAUACAAUAAUCAGUGGGCUGUUGAAUGACGAUAAAUUAAAAGCUGACAAAGCCGGUAUUAAGUUCACUCCUUCAGUUGAAACAGUUGAUGUCGCUUGGAAAUACCUGCAUUACGCCAUCAGUAAAUGGGAUUUGACUCCUAGCACCAGUGUUUUGAAUACAUUUGGCAGAUUCUUUGCUGCUAAUGGGAAACUCGACUGGUUUAUUGGACUUUAUAGUGCCAUGGUUUCACAUCCAGAAUGGAACAUCCAGCCCAACUGUAUCACCUACCAGUACUUGUUAGAAGCAGCAGUUCGUGUUCCGUUUCAUCCAUAUAAGUACGAGAUGGUUGAAACAAUCAAUCGCAUCUCAUAUAAAGUGCCUCGAACGAAACAGUAUCAGAAUUGGCUUCUUCGAGCCAAAACACAGUUUGACUAUUACAAUUCUCUGAACCUGCUUUCUAAAAACACAUUCUCCAUGAACCGACAUGCGACCCCAGAAACGACCCAAAACUUCGUCCAAGCACAGCAUAUCUUAAAAUGGGCUGACCAAACCUUCAAACCAGACUACACCAAUGUCCUCCCACGGCUUCAAAUUGCCAAACUGCUCAACCUCUUCCCCUCCGAUAUUCCAGCAGAAGAAACACAACAACACACCCGCCAGAGUCGCCGAGUCUACAGCCAAACCACCAAACAGUUCCGGGCCACGACCUCUACCCAAGAAACGGCCACCAAACAACGGCUCAUCCGCAAGGGCCCCUACCAAAAGUACAUAGACGACCUCGAAGAGGAGGGGCUCAUCGAGGGCUGA